AUGAACAAAGCAAUCACUAGGCCAACGACACCAGCCAGACUGAGGUCGUUGGCCGAAAGGGCGCCGUUAAAAACAGGAGCACUUGCGGCGACGGAGGGCCCGUUCUCUGACGCGGCCAGCGAGGACGAAGCCGAAGCCGAAGAUACCUCCACACUACCUACAUCUGUAGUUGCCGUGGUGAAAGACGGCAAGAUUGAGCAGAAAGAUACCUUCAGGGCGCUUGCUCCAGUGGCGCUGGGUGAGCUUGUCUCACUUGCCGUGCCUUCCACAUCCGCAGCACCUGUAGCUCUGGCAGCAGUGGAAAAUUUUGAUCCAGCUCCAGCUGCAGUGGCAGUAUUGAUGAUGUUGGACAUCGUGAAAAUGGAAUGUUCAUUCCCUGCCAAAGUAUCAUUUGAUACAGCUGCGGCUGCACCGGACGAGGUUUGA